AUGGAGACCGACGCAGAGAACACGUCAGAGGCACAGCCCAACGUUACUCUGUGCUCUAAUGCUCUUACGACGGACAUUGAUGAGCCUGUCUCUGACAACAUACAGGCAGAUCCCAGUGUAACAGCUCCGGUUCUUAACCCGUACAGCUCAUACAACAGCUCAUCGACAAGCCUCGCAGCUGCCGGUCAGCAGGCGAACCCAUAUGCGCAAGACGCGUCCAGUAUCAGUGGCACUGCCUAUUACCAGAACGCCAAUGCCUUGGCUCAACCUCCACAGUACCAUCUCUACUUUCCUCUUGGCCCCUAUCGGGAGAACUUACUAGCUUAUCAGAAGAUUGCUCACAACUUCUUCAUUCCGGAUGACUUGAGAGAAGAGUUGCAGCGAAAGGCCGAGGCCGCUCGCCAGGUCCUUCCGAAUUCAGCGCUGCCGGAAGUCGAGCACUAUCACACCCUGGUCCCUCUGGACACCAACAACCAGAGAAACGUAACGCUCUUUGGAUACCCGAGUUGGGUCUACAAAGCCGUUUCAAGCAAGGAUGGCAAGACAUACAUCCUUCGGAGACUCGAAAAUUACCGCUUGACGAAUGAGAAAGCCAUACGCUCGGUGCAAUCUUGGAAACGCAUCAACAACGGCGGUGUUGUCAAGAUCCACGACGCCUUUACCACCCGAGCUUUCGGAGACAGCUCACUCAUUUUCGUAACUGACUACUUCCCGCGUUCCAAAACGCUGGCGCAGGAGCAUCUAAACUACACACCAAGCUACAACCGUGGCCGACCAAUGACAAAUCAGAUCCCAGAAGCGACUCUCUGGGGCUACAUUACACAAAUCGCGUCCGCUCUCAAAGCCAUCCAUAGCAAUGGGCUAGCAGCGCGAGUCAUCAAUCUCAGCAAAGUCAUAGUCACAUCAAAGAACCGCGUCCGCCUGAACGGCUGUGCGAUCCUGGAUGUGACCCAGCACGAUAUACCUCGGCCACUCCAAGAACUCCAAGCCGAGGAUCUCACUCAGCUCGGCCGCCUUAUUCUCUGCUUGGCAAACAAUAACCAGAACGCAACCCUCAACAUUCAGAAGAGCCUCGAGCAUGUCGGCCGCACCUGCUCCCUCCAGCUCAAAGACUGCGUGACUUGGCUGCUUACAGCCGCACCGGCCGCACCCACCACCUUACAAAGCCCUGGUGGAACCAAUGCAACACCCGAGAAGACCAUCGACACCUUCCUCCAGGCUAUCACAACGCAGAUCAUAAACACCUUCGACAACACCCUCCACGCCAACGACAUCAUCGCCAGCGCCCUCGCCCUCGAGCUCGAAAACGGGCGGCUCUUCCGCAUCGUCUCGAAGCUCAACUUCAUCACCGAGCGUCCCGAGUUCGACCACAACCCGCUGUGGGCGGAGACUGGGGAGCGCUACUACCUCAAGCUGUUCCGGGACUUUCUGUACCACAGCGUGGAUGCCCAAGGCAAGCCUGUCACGGAUCUGGGACAUGUGAUUGCGGCGCUGAAUAAGGUGGAUGCGGGAAGCGAGGAGAAAUGCAUGUUGGUUAGUAGGGACGAGCAGAAUGUUCUGAUGGUAAGUUAUAGGGAUGUGAAGAGGAUGGUAGAGAGUUGCUUUCUGGAGCUGGUGAAAGGGGGUGCGAGGAGGUAG